GAGGCGGAGGAAGCAAAAUGGAGGCUGCUCCUGAGAGGAACGGGGUGUCUUUCGCCAGCGGUGGCGGCUUCGCCCCCGAGGUCCCCGAGAGACUCCAGCAGCGGGAAGCGGAGAGGAAGGAGGAGGCCGGCCGGCGGCGCCGCGAGAAAGAGUCUCUGGCGGUGCGGGAGGAGCAGAGCGACUACUUCGCCGCCGCCUUCGCUCGGGAGCGGGCGGCCGCCGAGGCCUUGCUGGAGCCGGAGCGGGACGCCGAGGCCGUGUCGGAGGCGGCGCGGCGGCUGCAGGAGCUGCAGCGGCUGCUGACGGACUCGGUGCGCUUCCUGGCCCCCUACGAGGUGCGCCAGGCGCAGGCGGCGCUGGGGAGGCUCCAGGACGCGCUGGCCGAGCGGCGCCUCCAGCUGCAGCCCAAGAAGCGCUUCGCCUUCAAGAAGGGCCUCAGGAAGGAGGCCCAGGAGGCGCCGCCGCCGCCGCCGCCAGUGCCUUCGACGCAGGAGGGUCAGCCAAGCCGGGCGGAGAAGGAGGAGGAGGAACCCGGGUGCGGCUUCAGCCGGGCCGAAGGACUGGAGUUGGAAAUGGGGCCGGCCGAGCUGCUGCAGCGGGACGUGGCGCUUUCGCAGCUGAGCCGCUGCCGGGUGCGGCUGCGGGGCAACCCCAACACGCUGUCGGUGCGCGGCUGCCGGGACUGCACGGUGCUCUGCGGGCCCGUGUCCACGUCGGUGAUGGUGGACGGCUGCGACGGCUGCGUCGUGGCCCUGGCCUGCCAGCAGCUCCGCACGCACCUGGCCACCCGGAGCAGCUUCUACGUGCAGGUGACCUGCCGGGCCAUGCUGGAGGACUGCAGCGAGGUCCGCUUCGCGCCCUACACGUGGACUUACGAGGGCAUCGACGCCGACUUCCAGACUUCCGGGCUCGACAGGAGCAGGGACAACUGGAACCAGGUGGACGACUUCAACUGGCUGGCUAGGAACGAGCCCUCGCCGAACUGGAGCGUGAUCCCCGAAAAUGAGAGGAUCACGGACUGGGAUUGAACCCGUGAUUGUAGCCCCUUCGCCUCCGCAGAGGGGACUAGAUAGUGCCUGCUGCAUUCUGGAAACGGCUUACCAAAGGAUGCAGUUAGAGAUACCAGAUUGAUGUCCUUUUCUUGUUCCCGGUAUUGGUUUAGGCAGUGUAAUAAUCAGGGGCCAAACACAGCCUGGUGGCUCUUUCUACCUAAUGAAUGGUGCUGACGCCUUCUGUUGUGCGCACUCUGUUAUGCUGCCUUAAUAUUUCUCCAAAUUCUGUUAUGGUGGUGCUUUCUCAUCUCUGCCCCCGCUUUUAAGAUGCUAAGAUGUGCCAUACCACUAAAGUACUCUUGGUUAUCUGCCCAUUGUGCAGGUUUAAAAAAAGAUAGUGCUUUGGAUGGUGAAGUGAUUCAUCUCUGUAACACAUUAGAACCAGUGCAAGUGUUGAGGAAAGUAUAACUUUAUCUAAUGGCUAAAUUGAUACUUGUAGUUAAAGCUGAAAAAAACAUUAACAACAAUUAGUAUACCACAUGUCUGCCAAAUAAGCUUAUUUAGGAAUGUGGCACAUGUAUAACAGAGCUACUACAAGUCAGAAUAGGGGUGUCAAACCAUCCCUUCAAGUGGCUGCCUAACCUUUUAAACAAUUCAAAUUAUGCUUUAUUUCCAGAAGCAAACUUUGGAUGGACUUCCAUUUCAGUUUCAAAUGUCCAUAAUAGAAUAUACUUUCGUCUGCUAGAAGACAUUGAAGGAUUACCUGCACCACCUGCAAAAUGUCACCAAAACGUGUUGCUGAAUUACGGUGUUUGUAAGCUUUAGCUCACCUUUGCACCUAGAGCUGACAAAUACUCUAAUCCCGAACAAGUGCAUAUAAUUGGUUUUGGUUUCAAUUAACACUGUACCUGCAAGUUUUUGAAAGGUCUGUGACCAGCCAAAAAUGUAUACGUGCAUUAAACAACUAAAGCACAUGCUUAAUUCUCCCACAAAAAUCAUUGUGAAAUUAAAAGUGCUGAACUCUGGCUAUAGUGUGCCCACACAUUUAUUGUGCUGUAUGCAAGAAAACUACUUUGACAGUAACCAUACGAAACUUCAUAUAGCAUUUUGCAUGUUUCUGUACAAAUAUGAAAUGGUCUGGACAUUUCAAAGUCUUGAUGUACUGUCCAUGUUAUUUCCGCAAAUGUCAUCUUGGAUUAAAACAAACUAGUCACUGUUAGAGGUAAUGCCUUUGAGCUCAGUAUUGUUGGCCUGUCUAUAAACUCUGCAAAAUUGGUCUUCAUAACUGUUUGACUGUAACAAAAAUCAUUUCCGUUCCUUGUGUUAUUUUAGUAUUUAUAUGAAAGUAGUUAAGAACUUACUGGUUUUAUAAAAUAUUGAUGGCUUUUCCGUGUUUACAGGAUGCUCGGAUUAAAAAGUCAUAAGUGA